ACAUAAGAAAUCCUAGUCAAUUGGCCAGCUGCAUUGUAAACUAAUAUAAGACUCUGUAUGUUAUUCUGGGCACCCAAGUGGCGGCAGGGCUCUGGUGGAUGGAGUAAAGACUUAUUGUUACAGAUAGGCUCUAGCAUUAAUAGGGCAGUAACUCCACUGAUGAAUUCAUAGCAGGAUGGACUGUUUAGGAAGUGGGCUUGUUGGAUGGACUGGGGUGUGUGUACCUUUGAAGGCUCUAUCUUGUCUCCAGAGCUUCCUCCCCCCAAGAUAUCUCUUUCUCUUCUUUCUAGCUACCAUUAGGUGAACAACUUUCUUCUACCAUCUGCUCUGAUGUUUAUGCCCUUGCACAGGCCUAAAAGCAAGGAAGCAAGUGGAUCAUAGCCUGAAACUUGGGAAGCAGAGUCAAAAGAAACCAUUCUCCUUUAAGUUGAAUUCCUUAAAGUUAUCAUAUUUAAUAAUACUGGGGAAAACUGGUUAAACAGUCAUUUAUGUGUUAGAGAUAGGCGGCCAAUGACUGAGAAUGACUGGGAAGCAUCUUCACCCGUAGGUUGCUGUGGGCUUCCUCACCACAUGUUGGCUCAGAGAAGGACUUCUCAACUUGCUGUUCAGGCCAUCUGAAACAAUCACCUGGCAAUGCAUCACUUGAAGUCAUUGGCUGCAAGCAACAGAAACUGACUGUAGCUUAAGCAAAAAUAAGAAAGCAUUAUGCUUGGACAUUGAAGAGUUGACUCAAAUGUGGAAGAAUGGAUUUAGAAUGUAACUCCACAGCAACAGGGUUAGAACUAGUGUCCGAAAGGUACCUCAAGAUGGAAUUAACACUUAAAACAACAACAACAACAAUAACAACAACAAAAACAACAACAACAACCCCUAUGUGAGAAGUAUAAACUCUGGCUGGGCAGUGUUGGCACACAUCUUUAAUUCCAACAGAGACACAGUUGUUCCUCCUGGGCUUGGCUUCAGUGUGACCUCCUCUCUGCUCCAGGCAGAAAUUGUGAAGAACAGCCACUUAGGACAAGUACCACUCCACCUAGGCUGUCCUCCCUGAUUUGGCUCCACUUCCACCUUCUGCCUUCCUGACGGAGGAAUUAUGAGCAAAGAAAGCAGCUGCAGACAACUGACAUCCAGAAGCCACAAGUUUUUGUAAGAAUCAGAUCUGUACACCACCCAAGACCGAACAAUGGCUUUAUCGCUGGAAGAAUUUGUCCAUUCCCUUGACCUACGGACCCUCCCCAGAGUCCUUGAAAUCCAGUCAGGCAUUUACUUUGAAGGGUCUAUUUAUGAAAUGUUCGGCAAUGAAUGCUGUUUGUCAACAGGGGAAGUGAUUAAAAUCACGGGUCUGAAAGUUAAAAAGAUCAUGGCUGAGAUUUGUGAGGAGAAUUUUGGAGACUCCGAGUCGCAGAAGCCCUUUGAACUGCCCAUGAAUUUUCCAGGUCUAUUUAAAGUCAUGGCAGACAAAACUCCGUACCUUACCAUGGAAGAAAUCACAAGAACCAUUCAGAUUGGACCUAGUAGACUAGGACAUCCUUGCUUUUAUCACCUGAAGGAUAUAGAACUAGAGAAUCUCACCAUAAAGCAGGGUGAGGCAAUAAGGCUCAACUCAGUGGAAGAGCUCGAUGGAGAAAUGCUGGUGAAUUGCGGUGUGGUAAGGGAUCAUCAGAGUCAUUCAUUUACUUUGCCACUGUCACAAGAAGGAGAAUUCUAUGAGUGUGAGGAUGAACAUAUUUAUACCCUAAAAGAAAUUGUUGAAUGGAAGAUCCCAAAGAACAGAACACGGACUGUGAAACUUACAAACUUCUCAAACAAGUGGGACUCACCCAAUCCAUUCCCUGAAGGCUUUUAUGGUACUUUGAUUCUCAAGCCUGUUUAUGAAAUCCAAGGGGUGCUGAAAUUUCAAAAGGACAUAGUUCGGAUUCUCCCCAGUUUGGAUGUUGAAGUCAAAGAUAUUACUGACUCUUAUGAUGCUAACUGGUUUCUUCAGUUGCUGUCUACAGAAGAUCUUUUUGAAAUGACCAGCAAAGAGUUUCCUAUAAUAGCAGAAGUCAUCGAAGUAUCUCAAGGGGACCAACUUCCCCGAAGUAUUUUACAGCCUGGGAAAACCAUUGUGAUCCACAAAAAGUAUCAGGCUUCGAGGAUCCUAGCUUCAGAAAUUCGAAGCAAUUUCCCCAAAAGACACUUUUUGAUCCCCAGUAGCUACAAAGGCAAGUUCAAAAGGAGACCCCGUGAGUUUCCAACGGUGUAUGACCUGCAGAUAUCUAAGACUGAGAAGGAAACUCUCCACGUGGUGGCCACCAAAGCCUUCCACAUACUUCACAAGGAGCUGUCCUCUGUGUCUGUUGGGGACCAGUUUCUAGUGAAUCAUUCAGAGACCACAGAAGUUGUCUUUGAGGGAACAAGAAAAGUGAACGUUCUGGCCUGUGAAAAAAUCCUCAAUAAGUCCUAUGAGGCAGUCCGGCUCCCUCUGUACAUGGAAGGAGGUUUUGUCGAGGUGAUUCAUGAUAAGAAACAGUACCAGAUUUCAGAGCUCUGUACACAGUUCCGUUGGCCCUUCAAUGUGAAGGUAUCCGUGAGAGACCUCUUCAUUAAAGAUGACAUUUUGGCAGCUACCCCAGGACUGCAGUUGGAGGAGGAUAUCACAGACUCCUACCUACUUGUUAGUGACUUUGCCAAUCCCAGGGAAUGUUGGGAAAUUCCUAUGAGCCGAUUGAAUAUGACUGUUCAGUUGGUUAGUAGUAGUAAUUUGUCUGUGGAUACAGGGCCAAUUCAAGUCAGGACUCUGGUAGAAGAGAUCACAGAAGAACAAUAUUACAUGAUGAGGAGGUAUGAAAGUUCUCUUUCACACCCCCCACCUCGCCCUCCCAAACAUCCCUCGGCAGGGGAAACGAAGUUAACCCUGCUCAGCUUAGCAGAAGAAAGAACAAGAGAUCUGCCCAAAUCUCCCAAG